GGAGCAACGUGGAUUGAAGCAAUUCGGAGUCAUGGCUGGCCCAGUGGACUUCCAGGACGAGGAACAGGUGAAGUCAUUUCUGGAGAACAUGAAGGUGGAGUGCCACUACCAGUGCUACAAAGAGAAGGACCCGGAUGGUUGUUACCGGCUGGUGGACUAUUUGGAAGGGAUCCAGAAGAAUUUUGAUGAGGCAGCCAAGGUGUUGAAGUUCAACUGUGAAGAUAACAAACAUAGCGAUAGCUGCUUCAAACUAGGUGCCUAUUAUAUGACCGGAAAAGGUGGACUGACCCAGGACCUGAAAGCUGCCUUAAACUGCUUUCUAGUGGCAUGUGAGAAACCUGGAAAGAAGUCUAUGGAAGCAUGUCACAAUGUUGGUCUCCUGGCCCAGGAUGGACAGGUCAGUGAGGAUGGCCAGCCCGACCUGGAGAAGGCCAGGGACUAUUACACACGAGCCUGUGAUGGCAGCUAUGCCUCCAGCUGCUUCAACCUCAGUGCUAUGUUCCUGCAGGGUGCCCCUGGCUUUCCCAAGGACAUGAGCCAGGCAUGUAAAUACUCAAUUAAGGCCUGUGACCUGGGCCAUGUGUGGGCCUGUGCCAAUGCCAGCCGCAUGUACAAGCUGGGAGAUGGUGUUGAUAAGGAUGAGGCCAAGGCGGAGUUGCUAAAAAAUCGAGCCCGGCAGCUGCACAAAGAACAGCAUAAGCGUGUCCAGCCCUUAACAUUUGGGUAGCGUGGCCUUGCCCCAUCUCGGUAUAUUUUGUGAAAACAUACACAUUUAUGGGGCUUAAUUUUCAAACAAUGAGCUCUGAAUAAUUGGAGCAAACUUGAAAGCCAUAGAGAUUUGGAGGAUGGAGGGACAGAAAGUUUGGGAAAAAUAGCCAUAAGGCCUAAAAGAAAAAAAGGGAGCAAUCACCAUCAUCAUUACCAUUAUUAUUAUCCUGGAAGGGCUUGAAAAAUCAGAAAAUAUCCUAAUUUACAUAACUGAGGUCUUAAGGAGCUAAUAACAGUUAAAUUGUCACGACUGCCACCCUCUGACUUGCAUAAUCAUUGGUGUGGGCUUCCCUUUUGCCUUUACAGUCAGAUCUCUCAUUGUAGCAAUGAGAAGGAAUGUGCAGCAUAAAGGUGAAAGGUUGUUAGGCCCCUAGGUUGCUAAAGAAGGUGCAAUCAGCCUGCUUUCCUCUAGGGGAGCUGUUCAGUUAAAGUGUUAACAGUGGUGGUCAUCUAGCACGGAGGAGAUUCUUCCGGCAGAAGUUCCAGCAAGGAUUUUGUGGCAUGUUUUGCCCACUGCAACAGGGCAACUUUUGGAACCUUCCAAGUGCUGGGAUUAUAAGCAUGUGUCACCACACUGGUGGGAUUGAACUUCUUUAACUGUGAAUAAACUGUUUUGACUGA